AUGCUACAGCACAAGUUGGGAAGAGGUCAUCGCGACAAACUCCAGCAGUUCAUAACUAUAACCGGAGCCAGUGAGAAAACAGCAUUGCAAGCUCUGAAGGGUAGUGAUUGGAAUCUUGAAGGAGCAUUUGAUUUCUUUUAUAGCCAACCCCAGCUUAAAACAUUUACUGACUCUAGACACUUGGAGGAGCUAUACAAUAGAUAUAAAGAUCCAUAUGUUGAUAUGAUUUUGGUAGAUGGCAUCACUCUCCUUUGCAAUGAUAUCCAGGUUGCUGUUUCUGAAUGCAAAUUAAUUGCUAGCAGUGAUUUUGGAGGAUUGAUUAUUGUGGAUCCACAAGAUAUAGUUAUGUUAGUUCUUUCAUGGCACAUGAAGGCUGGCACCAUGUGCGAGUUUUCCAAGAAGGAGUUUAUUGAAGGUUUACAAUCUUUGGGGAUUGAUUCUCUGGAGAAGUUCCAUGAAAAGAUACCAUAUAUGCGCUCUGAGCUGAAAGAUGAACAGAAAUUCCGUGAGAUAUAUAACUUUGCUUUUGGCUGGGCAAAAGAGAAGGGUCAAAAGUCUCUUGCGUUGGAUACAGCUAUUGGUAUGUGGCAAUUAUUAUUUGCUGAGAAGCAGUGGCCACUGGUUGAUCAUUGGUGCCAGUUCUUGCAGGCUCGGCAUAACAAAGCAAUUUCUAGGGACACAUGGUCUCAGCUUUUGGAGUUUGCAAAGAUUGUUGGCCCAAAUUUAUCUGAUUAUGAUGCUGAAGGUGCCUGGCCAUAUCUUAUCGAUGAAUUUGUGGAAUAUCUGAACGAGAAUGGCGUCAUCCAAAAUGGUCUGAUCAAUGAUUCUAGUCUAAAACGAUGA